AUGGCCGAGCCCAGCAGCGCGGGCCCAGCGUCUUCCGCCAGCACCGAGCUGCAGUACGCGCAGUACGACGGCGCAAAAGAAGAGCAGUACCUCCCUGCCAUCCGCCAGCUGAUCUCAAAGGACCUCUCCGAGCCCUACAGCAUCUAUGUGUACCGCUACUUUCUGUACCAGUGGGGGGAUCUGUGUUUCAUGGUGCGUCUACCUCUACCUCUGCGUCUACCUCUACCUCUGCGUCUACCUCUACCUCUGCGUCUACCUCUACCUCUACCUCUACCUCUACCUCUACCUCUACCUCUACCUCUACCUCUACCUCUACCUCUACCUCUACCUCUACCUCUACCUCUACCUCUACCUCUACCUCUACCUCUACCUCUACCUCUACCUCUACCUCUACCUCUACCUCUACCUCUACCUCUACCUCUACCUCUACCUCUACCUCUACCUCUACCUCUACCUACCACCACGUCCAUGCACGUCGAGCUACCCACCCAGACACACGGACUCUCUCGUCGCACACUACCACAAACUAACUUCCCAGGCCCUAGACAAGGACCAGCACCUCAUCGGCGUCAUCAUAUCCAAGCUGGAGCCCCACCGCUCCGGCACCUACCGCGGCUACAUCGCCAUGCUGGCCGUGCAGGAGUCGCACCGGGGCCGUGGCAUCGCCUCGCAGCUCGUCACAAACGCCAUGGACGCCAUGGCCGCCCGCGACGCGGACGAAAUCGUCCUCGAGACGGAAAUCACAAACACGGCCUCCCUCAAGCUCUACGAGCGCUUGGGCUUCCUGAGGAGCAAGAAGCUGCAUCGCUACUACCUGAACGGGAAUGCCGCCUAUCGACUGAUUCUGUACCUGAAGGAGGGCACUGCGCUGAAGAGGCCCGAGGCUGCACAUGGGCACGACAUGCCACUGGGCAUGCCAAUCGACGACGCUGCCAUCUCUUGAAUUCGACGAAUCGUCUCUUGACCUUGGACGUGACAUGA